CAGGUACCUUGAGCUAGUUCUCCAACUUGUAGCUACACAAGGUACGCGUGGCAAGCUCGCCCGGUGACGAUGGCCAAGGCCGUGGUCCUGCUCCUCGUCGUCACACCCUUCCUCUCUUUGCUGCCCUUCUCCUCCCUCGCCCUGAACCAGGACUUCUGCGUCGCCGACCUGCCCCGCGGCGACACGCCGGCGGGCUACCCGUGCAAGCCCCAGACCGCCGUCACCGCCGACGACUUCUACUACCGCGGCCUGGGCACCACCGGCCCGACCAUCAACCCCUUCAACAUUGGCCUGUCCUCGGCCUUCGUCACCCGGUUCCCCGGCGUGAACGGGCUCGGCAUCUCCGCCGCGCGCGUCGACUUCGCCCCGGGCGGCGUCGUGCCGCUGCACUCGCACCCGGGCGGCACCGAGCUCCUCUACGUCAUCGAGGGCGCCAUGGCCGCCGGCUUCAUCACCUCCCUGACCAACCAGGUGUACACCAAGACGCUGUACAAGGGAGACCUCAUGGUGUUCCCGCAGGGCCUGCUGCACUUCCAGUACAACCUCGGCAACGACACGGCGGUGGCGCUCUCCUCGUACAGCAGCGCCAACCCCGGACUCAUGAUCCUGGACUUCGCGCUCUUCGCCAACAACCUGCCCUCGGACAUCGUUAGCAAGCUCACCGUCCUGGAUGAAUUGGAGGUCAAGAAGCUCAAGGCGCUAUUCGGCGGGAGCGGCUAAAGCCAUUCGUUUCGCCGUCGGUCGCCAGAGUUUGUUGAACUUGAAUUGGUCGUGGCUGUAGUGUGUAUGAAUAAUUAAUUUGCACGGGUGUGCACCUGCCAUUUUAAACCAAGUAAUGUGAGAAUAAUUGUUUUGUUUGAAAUGGUGCAAUAGUA